AUGGUGCCGACGCAAGCUGGCUACCAUCUGCUCCCAAACACGCUAAUCUUUGGCCGGCUUCUCCGGUACGCAAGUAGAACGCCGGCCCGAGUGGUUAUUGACGAUGUCCGUUCAAACCACCUGAGAACACGCCUCGAGCUUCUUUCCGAUGUGCUGGCCUUGCGUGAGACGAUGUUGAACACUUUCGGCAAGUCGACAAUGGAAUCACUCCAGCGGCGGGAGGAGGUCUUCAUCGUCAUUGUAGCCGCAGGCGGUUAUGAAUACACCGUCGCAAUGCAUGCAGUUUUGGCACUUGGGGCGCCCGUCACGCCAGCGCUGCUUAUCGAAGAGGCGACAUACUAUGUCGAGAAGUCCGAGUCGGUGCUGGUUCUUGUCAGCUCGUCUGACUUGAAGAAGUGCUGCGAUCUGGAGAAGCGCAUCGCGACCAUGAGCAACGAGCGCUUCCGUGGCGUUCCGAUUGGCCCCUGUACAUACACCACGCUCGAUCCUUCAGCUAUCCUGAUUUCGUCGAACCGUGCACUAGAAGAAAAUGCGCCAGGCGUCAUGAUCUCGAUGAGUGGCACAACUGGUUCGCCCAAAGCAAGCGUUAUACGAAGAGCCUUUGUUUUCAACUGUGUCCUGUCUGUAACUGACCACUACAGGAUUACUGAAGACGAUGUCUUGCUUCAUGUACUUCCCGUUCACCAUGUAACCGGAGCAGGAAUCAAUGUCUUCUCGUUUCUGAUAUUCGGGAGCCAUAUCGAGCCUCGUAGCAGUGGCUUCGAAGAGGCCUGGAAGUGGAAGCGGUGGAAAGAAGGCGCAGUUAGUCCUCAUCGGUGGCUGACUUUCUUUUCAGGUGUGCCCACUAUACAUAUACUUAUGAGGCGGCAUUACCAGCGUGUUCUGUACAAACUGCCACCUGAAGAGCUAGCAAAGUACAUCGCAGGAAAGGGAAUCGUGCAAAGAUAUGGCGCCACUGAGUUCAGCGCUGUGUUUAUGGUGAGUCUCGAUGACAAGAAGGUCCCAACAUCUUUUGAUAUCAUCAAAUCCAACGGGUACAGAAUUCCAGUACUGGGUAUCGAGCGGGAGCUGCUGAGCCUGCCAUAUGUCGCUGAAGUCAUGACGGUGGGCGUCGUCGACGAAGAGUUCGGGCAACACGUGGCAACAGUAAUCUCAUUCCAGAAGGAAGAUUUGGCUGACGCGUCCUUGACGUGUACAUGGAAACGCUGA